UUUGGACAUAACGAUCUUGCUAUGUAUGCAGCGACUGCUAGGACAAUUGUUGUCUGGCAUGUUAGCCCUGUUUACUGUAAUAAUCUGGUGCCAGUCGCAGUCCGCAAAACCUCCGUCCUCCAUUCUCACCCAAACAACACCUACUCACGCCAUCGCCAUGGAGAACUCCUGCGCUGCAAGCCUGACCGACGCGGCGCGCUUGGUGCGGCUUCUGAAGAUCGGCGGCUACUGCGCGACCAAAUCCACGCGCGAGAAUAGCUGCAAGAUCAGCUCCAGAUGGCGCGUCGACGGGUACGAGUGGGAGAUCCGGAUCUGCCCGGAUUACUUUCACACCUCAGGUAUUACUCCGUGGUUAGCGCUCGAGCUUAGCUUGCUCAGCGGAUCCAGCUCCCGCACGCACGUAAGGACGAUUCUUGGCUGCCGGAUGGUGGAUCCGACAGGAAUCCAGAAACCUUCCGAAGAAAAGAGGAAGUUCGGGCUAUUCUCCAUCUCCAACCCAGAAAGUUCAAUGUCUACGCUGAAGCUCAUCAAGAGAGAAGAUCUGGAGUCAUCAGGUUAUCUCCAGGACGAUGCCUUCACUCUGCAGUGCACCAUCACCGUCCUCAAGGAACUGCCGCUACAGACGUUCCCGGCUCCGAAGGAAAUCGCCGUGCAAGCCCCACCACCUUCGAACCUGCACCAGCAGCUCGGGGAGCUGCUGCAUAGCGAGGCCGGAGCGGACGUCACGUUCGUCGUGUCCGGCGAGUCAUUUGCCGCGCACAAGCUCAUACUCGCCGCCAGGUCCCCCGUGUUCAUGGCCCAGUUCUAUGGGCAAAUGAUGGAGAAGAGCUCCCAGCAAGUCGACAUCAAGGACAUGGAGGCCGCGGUGUUCAAGGCGCUGCUCAGUUUCGUCUACACCGACACGGUGCCGGAGUUCGAAGAGCAGCACCAGGACAAGGAGGCGGUAUCGACAACGGUGAUGGCGCAGCAUUUGCUGGCUGCGGCAGACAGGUACGGCAUAGGAAGGCUCAAGCUGAUCUGUGAGGGCAAGCUCUCAGGUGGCAUCCACGUCGACACCGUGGCAGCGACUCUUGCCCUGGCCGAGCUACACCGCUGUGAGCUGCUCAAGGCCAAGUGCAUCGACUUCAUCGUCAGGAGUCCUACGGUUCUCGACGCUGUCUUGGCCACGGAGGGGUAUAAGAACUUGGAGGCAAGCUGCCCUUCGGUGCUCACUGACCUGCUUACGUGCGCGACCAAGAAAAGCGUUGUUUAAUUUGAUGCUGCCAAGUGCUUAUUUGUGUUUUAUCUUGUCUUCUUCUUUUCUCAAGUUAGUGUAGCAGCAUGUGUCGUACGUGCUUCUCUGGUAAGAAAAACUUGUGUCUAUCUAUAUAUGAUGUGAGUUGUGAGCAAUUCCUCUGUAUAUAG